UAUUCAACUUCAACCCUGCUGCUGAAUCGCAGCACCAGCCCUUUGGAAGACCAUCCUCCCCAAAACUUUUCAGCUUCAGAUGUGGCAUUAACGCGCAAACGCCUGCAAAUAAAUCCGAACUUGGUGGUGGUGUCACUUCCUGAACCCGAACCGCCUGCAGAAACCGAAGCCCCCGAGGGACAACAUGCCAAUGUACGCGGCUCUGGCUGUGGGACUGGGACUCGGAGCCGUCCUCCUCACGCUUCCCUCAGGUGAUUUCCACCUGGAGGACUGGGGCUCUGCGAAGCGGCUCGUCCUGUGCGUGGCGGCCGGAGUCGCCGUCCUGGUUCUGGUCCGGCUGCACCGGCUGCUCUUCCGGCCCCUGGAGCUGCUCCGGUCCCCGGAGGAUGUGGGAUACAUCGCCGAGGACGGGCGCAGCAAGGCGCGGGCUGCGAACGAGGCGCGCCGCCGGAGGAGAGUCGGGGAGCUGCCGCCGGUUUACCCGAACGGCUGGUACCGGGUUCUGGACUCCCACAUGCUGGGCCGGGGAGAGGUCAGAAGCGCCUAUAUUCUAGGUCAGCAGCUGGUGGUGUUUCGGGGCCACGAUGGGAAAGCCUAUGUGCUGGACUCGUACUGCCCCCACCUGGGCGCCAACCUGGCUGUGGGGGGUCGCGUGUUGGGAAACUGCAUCGAAUGCCCGUUCCAUGGCUGGCAGUAUCGGGGAAGCGACGGGAAAUGUGAGAAGAUUCCGUACUCAGAUAAAGUACCUGAGUCCGCCCAGGUGCGCCGCUGGCCCAGCUGUGAGGUGAACCAGCAGGUUCUGGUCUGGUUCCACUGUGACGGGUUGGAACCACAGUGGAGCGUCCCAGAGCAGCCGGAGGUCGCUAACGGCCAGUGGGUCUACAGAGGCAGAACCGAGCAUUUCAUCAACUGCCACAUUCAGGAGAUUCCAGAAAACGGAGCGGACAUCGCUCACCUGGAUCACCUGCACACUCCGGGCAUCCCCAGCGGAGUGGAUCUGCGCUACACCAACAGCAAAACCUGGGAGUUUGUGCGACACGACUGGAAGGUUGAAUGGGAUCCAGAGCCUGAACCCACCAGUCACUGCUCUCAGAUGAGGGUCAAUCAUUCACUCACCUUGUUUGGAUGCCGUUUGCCUCUGCUGGACCUGCGCGUUGUGGCCAGACAGGUGGGCCCAGGCGUGGUGUUCCUGCGGUUCGACCACAGCUUCCUGGGCCGCGGCCUGAUGAUGCACUGCGUGACGCCGGUCGAGCCUCUGCUGCAGUGCGUAACUCACACCAUGUUCUACCAGCGAAACAUCCCAGCUGUGGUGCCCAAAUUCAUCCUCAAAGGAGAAUCCAUUCAGUUUGAACGCGACGUGAUGAUCUGGAACAACAAGAUGUACAUUUCCAAGCCCCUGCUGGUGAAGGAGGACGCUGCGGUUCGGAGGCACCGCCGCUGGUUCAGCCAGUUCUACAGCCAGAACAGCCCGCGGCUGGAGUACCGGCAGGACACUCUGGACUUCUGACCCGCCUCUGGAGGUCGCCUCGGUCUGGCUCCAAGAAACCUCUCAGAGAAAAAAUUAUUUUUAUCUGUUUCAGGUUGAAAAAAUUUAGCUAUGCAGUUUUUUUAUGCUUUCCUAAAGGCCAAGCAGAAAAAUUAUCCAUCCAAGAUCAUGAAGAGAAAUAAAUUCUCUUUAACCCUUUAAUGUGAAAUUUUUACUAACAAUAAGCACAUAAAAACUGUCUAAAAGUGUGAAUUUGUUGUAUAAGUUUAUUAUGGGAUGGUUUGAACCUGAAGGAAUGUUCUGUUCACAGGUAAAUGUUUCACAAAAAUUUACACUUCACAUGUUUUUAUAGUUUCUUUUGGGUCUGUUCUGCUUCUAAUAACAACCCAAGUGCUUAAAAACCA